AUGCAGGAUGAGUACUGUUACUGCAAGCAUAAGGGAUGUCAUACAGCAUUGAUACCUCAUCGACACUUGUUUUACUUUGAGGAGAACAUAUAUUGCACAUCAUGUGGCAAUGACGUUGGUAAUGAAGUGAGCGGCAAGCUGCCCAACGGUGGCAGUAUAUACACGCUGGACAGGAAGUAUGUGGCGGUCACUGCCGCCGCCAUCAAUGAUAACUUUGCCAAAACAUUCAAAUGGCAACAGAUCUCCGAGCUCUACAAGACCAACAUCCGCCACCUCAAUGGAGAGUCCCCCGAGUUCUCGGGCCGCGUAUUUGUGCCCACUGAGCUACGGCCUGGCCAGUACCGCGACACACAGUUCUCCAAAAAGGUCAACAUGGACGCGUUGGCGACACGCAAUGUCACACCUAGGAAAUACCAGCUCGAAGCGCUGACAGAGGCAAUGGCACGCGACAUCAUCUUGGUGCUGCCAACAGGCAUGGGCAAGACGUUGGUGUCUGUCAUGCUGAUGCAACAGAUGAUCGCGAUCAAUCAACCGGAGCACGACAAUCAGAUGAAGCGCAUGGUACUAUUCCUGGUCACAACACUGCCAUUGGUCAAACAACAGACGUUGGCUAUCAAGAAGCACAACGCCACCCUCAAAGUGAUGGAGGUCAGCUCAGAGUCGGAGCAGGCGUAUACGCGCGCGGACUUUGAGAGUCGUGACAAGUGUCCCGAUGUCGUGGUCAUGACUCAGGGAGCGUUCUUCAACAUCAUCAAGUCCGUUUCACUGGCUGCCUUCCACUUGAUCAUCUUUGAUGAGGCACACAAUGCCACUGGGCGUCAUGCAUACGCUCGCGUCAUGACCGACUAUUAUGAGAUGAUCCCACACAACUUGCGGCCCAAGAUCCUAGGCCUGACCGCCUCGCCGUCGAUUGGCAAGAGUGAGGCUGAGAUCGGAAGAAACAUUGACAAGUUGGAAUUCGUGUUGAAGGCCAAGGCAUACCGUCCACCAUCGCUCCGCGAUGACCCGGAACUGGACUCGGACAAGCUCAUCUAUAGACAGACGGACGCAGAGAAGCGAUGUCAGGAAGCGUUUAUCGAGGUUUUGAACGACCAGCUUCGCGCGAUGCAACAGAGAGCCAAGUAUAUCAGCGAGCGACUGGCCUAUCGUGGCUUCAACGCCACGAGCUUUGAGACCGAGUUGCGACGCUUCAUGUUCUUUGUGGAUAACAACGAGGAUAAGAUCAAACUGGACACAGGUGUGGGCGAUAUCAUACGAAUCUUUGAACAAUUCAACAAUGUGCAUGUGGAGGGAUAUCUUGCGUUUGUCAAGUAUCUUCGCGAUGACCUUAAAAGCAAACACAACACCAAUGCAAAUUACCGCCAGUUUAUUGGACUAUUGUUGGCGCGACUGGAGGCGGAGGGAGCGGCCGAGAUUGAGAAGUCAUCCAAGUAUCUCAAGUUGGUCGAGCAGCUUGAUCAAUGCACACAGAGUGAUCAAGCACUACAGAAGUUCCGCGGCAUCAUAUUUGUAAAGACCAGGGCUACAUCAAAGGCCCUGCUACGCAUCCUCAAGAAGGAGGCGGUCAAUGCACGUCUAAACAUCAAGAAGGUCGUCGGCCACAGUCGCGAAGAUGGCAUGGAUUCGGAGAAGCAGACCAAGGUGAUGGACAAGUUCGCAUCCGGCCAGACCAAGCUCAUCGUGGCGACCAGCGUGAUUGAAGAAGGCAUCGAUGUGCAAGGCUGCAACUUUGUCAUGUGCUUUGAGAAUGACUUCAACAUCCGCUCACUCAUUCAGCGACGUGGUCGCGCCAGGAGCAAGGCAGAUGGCUCCUUCCUCUGUCUGAUGAACCAAGAUGAAGAUGAGUAUCUGGACGACAUACUCAACAUGGAGCGCAUCCUCAAUCACAUCAUCAAAGUGCGCAUGGUAGAAUACAUGAGUCACCAACAAGAGGAGGCCGACGAGGUGUGGAGGACGCACUUUGAGACCAACAAGCACCAGCCUCAUGGCGAGCGAAAGAACAUCGUAGUGAAUGUGUACAACAGUGAUAUAGACUUUGAUCGUGUGCUGCGAGACAAGUUGGACAAGAACAUCGUAUUCAAUCAAUUGAUCAUCAGUACACAAGAGUCGAGGCGAUACCUCAAGAGGCACAAGGAGUACGUCAUUGGCCUCGAGAGUAACCACGACUCAAUCAACUAUCUGAUCGAGAGUCUAUAUGCGACCAAAGGUUGGUGGGCCAAGAUCAACCCUCCAGCCUACCUCAACAUCCCAACCAUCGAGGUCGAGGCCAAUCUCCCUGAGGCUGGAGUCGAGACCGAGGCUCAGGAUCAACUUGUAGACCCCAACAACAACAACGAUCAAUCAAUGAAUCACUCCAAUCAAUCCAUUGAUGAUGCUCCGAUUGUAAAGGGACGCAAGCCCCCAUCGGAGGCCUUUGACCUCUACUUCUCCUGCGGCAACUUCACCAACCCGACCACGUUUGUGGUUACCAAAGAGAUUGGCCAGGCCGACCUGUCGUACGAGCCAGACGAGCGAAUGCUCGAGGUGAACUGGGCCGACUGCAAGUUCCAGUUUAAGAAGGAGAACUUUGACAGCUUCUGUCUGUAUGAUUGCGAUCCCAUCGACAAGCAGUACCAGUCACUCUACCUUAUCGUCAAACGACCGCCAAUUGUCAUCGUGUCUGGUUAUGACAAGAACGGACGAGAGAAUGUGGCCGAGCGACAGGACCGACGCCACCAUCCAUUCCUCGAGAAUAGCUUCGUCUAUCGCUUCCAACUCAAUCAGUUCCAGGUCGAUCCCCUGGUCACAGCCCUCAACAUACCAUACUUCAUGGCAUCGAUCAAUGACAUCUCAAUCUACCAUCAGCCAGCCAGCAAACACUUACUGGCCAGCUCAUCGCAAGAACCAGUCGCCAUCACUCACAAUGCGCACCUCUGCUACCUCUUUGCUGUACUGCGAAGCAACAAGUACACUGGCUUCGGAAAGACGGUAGUGCCACAGGCGAUAUUUGAUCGAAUGGCCAAGGAGUUUGCAGAUGGCAACAUGUACGCAGUGAACUAUCUGGUGGACCAUGCACUCGAACUCCAGGAAUUCGAGUCAUACGAUAGCUUGGUGAGAAUGGACCUGUCCCUCCUCCCCAAGCUCAGCCCCAUAGACAUACCAAUGAACCAUGUGAUGAUCAAGAGUGCCUACGUGACACCAUCCCGCGUGGUCUUUAACCCGCCACGCAUUCAACUUGGCAACAGAUGUGUCCGCCUCUAUGACAGCGAUCGCUUCAUGACUGUCCAAUUCACUGAAGAAGACCUCCAGUUCCGCAUGGUCGACUAUCAAGAUCUGCUCGUAGAGUAUUACCGUGAUGUACUGACUCAUGGAAUCCGCGUAACAGGCUUUGGCGUGUUCUACUACCUUGGCAACAGCAGCUCACAAGCUCGCAGCUAUAUGUCUUGGUUCUACUGCGUGGAGGAUGGUGCCGACGUCGAUGCCACACUCAGAGACAUACGCCAAUCGCUCAUUGGAGAGGACUCUACGUUUGAAAGCGCACGCAAGGCUCUGCGAUGUAUAUCUUUGGUCUUCCCCGCCACCACUCCCACCAUCCCCGUCGACCCUAAGGACUACCACGAGGGCGUGGCGGACAUUCUGCAUAAAGCCCCCGAUGGCAUCGAACAUAACUUCACUGAGGGUGUUGGAUACAUUGGACAGUACACUGCCAGACGUGUGUGCGAGGAGGGCAACUACCCAGAGUCGACCACAGCCUUCCAGAUCAGAAUAGGUGGCAACAAGGGUGUGUUGUCAGUGCACCCCACCAUCAAAGAGGGCGUGUACAUGCGCAAGAGUAUGCGGAAGUUCCCGUCCAACCCGGACCAAAUACACGAUCGCAUCAUCGAGGUGAUUAGUGUGAGUGGCCCCAAGACCUGCUACCUCAAUCGCCAGGUCAUCGUGCUGCUGAGUGGUCUUGGAGUGCCCGACGGCUACUUCAUCGAGCUGCAACAGCGCGCACUGACCAAGUUGGCCAACAUGUUCCACGAUCAAAAGGUGAGCAAGGAGAUCCUGUCCGGAUUGUCAUGGCUAGACAACGCGCUGGACGAGGUCGACCUGGCCGUGAACGACCCGCUGAUUGGCAGCGCGCUACAAUGUUGCUACAUGAAGAAGUUGGACAAGAUACAGGACAAGUGCUUCAUCCCUAUUGAGAGUGCGCGUACAUUGAUGGGCAUCUCUGAUGAGUCGAGCCAACUCAAGGCCAAUCAGGUGUUUGUGCAGAUCUCAAAUCCAGAUGGAACAAAGAAGGUGAUCGAGGGCAAGAUCCUCGUGUGCAAGAACCCCUGUCUACACCCUGGAGAUGUCCGAGUGCUCGAGGCUGUGGACGUGCCCGAGCUCCAACACGUCUACCUGGACGUGAUCGCAUUCUCCCAACAUGGCGAUGUGCCCAACUUCAAGCAGUGCUCAGGCAGUGACCUGGACGGUGAUCGUUACUUUGUCUGCUUCGACACAGAGAUGGUCAACUAUGUGACUGAGUUUGAGGCCUAUCUUGGCGAGAACCUACCUCCGGCGCCCGAGGAGAAGUAUCAAGGAACGCGCAAGGAGUUGGUCGAACAAUAUCUGGCCAACAUCACAAAGGGUGCACUGGGCAAGAUCGCUCUCAGUCACAUGGCUCUUUGUGACAAGCUCUCGCCAAAGGACCCCCUGUGCAUCAAUCUGGCCAAGCAGCACUUUAUCGAGGUGGACGCCGUCAAGACGGGCAUCCAUGGCAAGGUGCCCGAAGAGGUAACUGGACCCGACCUCCUGGACAACUUCACUCAGUACCCACACUUCAUGGAGAGUCAGAUGCCGCGCAAGACCUACUGGGAGUCCAAGAAGGUGUUGGGCACGCUGUUCCAGGGUGCAUCAGUGCUCAAGGCUGUGCCCCAGUUCAUCCCCGACACCUAUGUGGAUGAGUCGCGAUUGGUCGAAGGAUAUACCCAAUACAUGGACGACGCCAAGGUCAACUACCAGCGCUACAAGAACCAAGUCAAGUCACUGCUCAAUCAAUAUGACAUUGAGAAGGAGGAGGACAUCCUGGUCGAGUUCAUCAAGGAGACAAUCAACUCUUUCCGCUACCAUCAGCUACUGGUCGAUGAGAUCAGAAUGAACUACCAACGCAUUCAUCAAUUGUUUAAGGAUGAGUUCCUGCGCGAGUUCCCUGGACGAGAGCUCGAGGAGAAGCUACGCGGCUCAAACGAUGCGAUUGAACGCAAGGUGGCAGCUUGGUACCAUGUGUCGCACAGCGAUGUGGAAACAGACCACGCACUAUCAUUCUACUGGAUCGUCAAGUGUUUCCAGGCCAAGCGACAGCUCAAGAAGGGCCACGAGAAGCCUGACUACCUGUCACAGAGCAUCAUUGAGUUUGUAGAGGAGAAUCAGCUGCCGCUGAUGCGCGGCUAUUCUGAGCGCAUCCAAAUGAUCAACGACAUGAUGCUACUUUUCCGCCGGGAGGGAGGCGUCCAAUUCUCCAACUCCAAUGUGCUACUGUUUGGCUCGUCAUCGCUCAUGCUCUUUGAUCCAUCGCAGUCUGACCUGGAUCUCUACCUACGCAACAUUGCAGGUACCCAGACAGGUCAGGGCUCGGAGGAUGUGCCCGAAGACCAUGACCCAGCACUCAAACAGAUCGAGGUGAUGCUCAAGAGCAGCAGAUCAUUUGCCGAGAGUAUCGAGUAUUGUCAGAACACUGAGGACAAGGCAAAGGUAGGGGAAGUGGCCAACAACAUGCGUAUCCACACAUCCGCCGAGAAUGUGGAGUAUGUCAAGAACACUGCCGUUCCAAUCGUUCGAUUCCAAUUGAAUAAGUUGGACUGCGACAUCUCUGUGGACAGCAAUGGAAUUCGCAAGACGGCGAUGAUGUGCAACAUAUUCGAUAGCAACCCGAUGAUCUUCCAGGUGCUGUACGUUGUGAUUCGAUGGGGCCGCGAGACUGGCCUCCUGAUCAAACAGAUGAAUCAGACAAAGUCGCGCAACCUCAAGACCUGGUCACUCAUCUGGAUGGUGAUUGAGUUCUUCCGCGAGAAGAAAAAGAUCGACCUGUCCAAGAUCAACCUGGAUGAACCCAAUGACAACAAGAGUGUGGAGUGGUGGAGUGAGCUACUUGAUCGUUCUCCCAGCCCUGACCUCGGCUACUACCUCAUCAAGUUCUUCAAACAUUACUCUAAGCGUUUUGCACGUGUACUGCGCCAGAAAGACAAAGGUGAUCACAUCCGACUUAUGUGCCCACUGGACAGCGAGCGCGUGCCAUCACUGGACAUCAACCCAUCCAUGGAGGACGAGCACUGCACCUACACCGUCUUCCUACAGGAGAUCUUUACGAUCGCCCAUCACACCCUGGCUUCCUCUGGGCGCAUCGAGGUGUUCCUCAAGCGAUGUCUCUACGAGAAGAAGAAGAUCAUCAAUCUGGACAAGAUGGUCUCGCGACACAUCCGCGGCAACGAAGCAUACAUCGAGACCAAGAUAGCAACAGAGUGUUUGGUAAAGAUCACCAUUUACCCGGCGCGUCGUGGAUGUCUCCAGGUGAAGAUCAGUGGCGAGCCGGCCAACAUACAGCAGGCGAUGGACCAAUUCCACUCGAUCUCAUCGGACAUGACCAACAUACCACUGCACAACGUCAAGAAGCACGUGGUGGGUGGCGGCACGGUGUUGCUGUACAAGAGCAGCAAGAGCAUCAACGACACGCUGAGCCUGGUCAAGGUGUGCAAGGAGCGCAUGAAGGCGACCAACAUCCAGCACUCACUCAAGAACCCCAAGAUGCAGGGCGUGCUCAAGAGCAAUGAGGACGAUGAUGACCUCUUUGUCCAUCAUGCUGGCACUGACGACAUGGACCCGCAGUUGCAAAACGCCAAGCUGGAGUACCAAAAGGUGAUCUGGCAGCAGAUGGAGAUGUGCCGACGAUACGACGACGAGAAGAGGUACGGCAAGAAGAUGUGCUUUGUGCGCCUCGGACAUAUAUACCUGUUCAACUGCCCGUAUGAGAGCGCCGAGAUGACCAUUGAUGAGCUUCAAAAGGCCAUCGCCAAGUCGCGCAAGCGCAACCUGAACCUGGAAGAGCGCAACUUUGACUUGGACGCCUGCGAGGACGAAGAGGAGAUGAGGGUCAGGCGCAAGAAGGUCACGACGUCUAUGCGCAAGAUUGAGCGAUCCAACAAUGAUGAGCUGGACGAAGGUCGCAAGAAGAACAAGACCAAGCUCCCCAAGAGCUCGUUCUACACACACAUGGCGCAAUACAAUGCCGACCAGAUCCACAAGAUGUUUGAGGCGCGAGGUUGGCGCCGAGACAUCAACCACAAGCGCCUGGCCAAAGCAAAGGAAGAGGAGUUCAUACUCUGCUGCAAGGGCAACGAUACCAACGUGCCCGAGUUCAAGGUGGCCGUUCGCUCAGAUCUGCAGCCGCCACACGUCAUCAAGAACCAGGGCGUCAACUGGUUCGUCUGCGACCUCACCACGAACCUGGCCCCAAGACCAGACGCGCAACAUCUAGAUGUGCGCUUCUGCAUUCAAUCAAAGCGCGAGCUACAGAAGGAGAGCAACUCACUCAAUGAGUAUGAGUCCAAGGACAUUGCCAAGCGACGUGAGAACAAUGCCGAUGGCCGACUGGCUCCCAUUGAAAUCAGCAAGGAGUUCCUGUCCAACAUCUUCCUCAUACGCCAUCACUUCAACGUGGUGGUGUACCAUCCGCCAGCACGCCAUCCAAUGUCCAAGUACAACCUGACGCUCUCUGUGCACACGAUCAAAGAGUAUCGCAACACUGGUGAUCUCUACGCCGAGAAGAUUGAGUUGGAGAUGAGGUGUGACAUGCCUUCAAGCCACGACACGCUUGCCUUCACCGAGCAGUUCUGGAAGUUGGGACUCGAAACAGUCAACAUGUUUAAUGCUGCCAAGCAGACAGUCUAG